CCACGCAAACUUCACGUUUCCGGUUUGCGCUAACUGUACAUCCGCUGCAGGGCUUGGAACAAGGCUGUCGUUUGAAUUAGUGUCCGUGUGGUACUUGCUGAAUCCCAAUAUGAACACGGUCCUGUCGAGAGCUAACUCGCUGUUUGCCUUCUCCCUGAGCGUCAUGGCGGCUCUGACUUUCGGCUGCUUCAUCACCACAGCGUUUAAAGACAGGAGAGUUCCUGUGGACAUCCACGUCUCUAAAGUCAUGCUGAAGAACGUUGAUGACUUCACUGGACCCCGAGAACGAAGUGACCUGGGUUUCAUCACCUUUGACCUUUCAGCUGAUUUGCAGCCAAUUUUUGAUUGGAACGUGAAGCAGCUGUUUCUCUAUCUGUCUGCUGAGUAUGGCACAAAGAGCAAUUCUCUGAACCAGGUCGUCCUGUGGGAUAAGAUCGUUCUUCGAGGUGAGAACACCAAGCUGAACCUCAGAGACAUGAAGUCCAAGUACUUCUUCUUCGACGAUGGAAACGGACUGAGGUGAGAUACCAGAUGUUCUGGACUACUAAAAUCA